AUGGAGUCCCCUAAGCACUCACGAACAACCUCCAUGCAGCCCACACAAAACUCCUCAAACACAACUACAAACACGGGGGAAACAUAUCAGCCCCAAGAUCUCGAGACCAGCACCGACCAGCAUGUCACGCUCCGGAUCGAUUUCAAAUGGGGCAAGUUCAAGUCACUCGUUUCCGAUAUCAACAAACCCAACGACCCCCUUUAUAUCAUCCAGUACAAGCCAUUCUCUUCAAAACAGUUCAUAUACAGAUCUGCUCCUACGGAAAAAGUGAUUGGCACCGGCUCCGUCCACGUGGUCAACAUUGAUGCAGAAUACGAAUGCCGCGGCCGGCGAGACACCCUCGUGGCUCAGAGACGGCUUCACACAUUAUACACCCACCGAUCCGGCUACCUCAAGAACUCUGACGGCCAGCCCACCGUCAUGACCUGGACUGGGGACAUUGGUACCACGACAUGGGAUUUUAUUUGCACCGACGAACAGCAAAUGCCUGUGGCUAAAUUCACUGCGAACUUGUGGGGCCUCAGGAAAAUCGGGAAGAUCGAGUUGAUGGGCCCGUCAGCGCACCAGGAGAGUGCGAGGGAUGAAAUGCUUGUCACUGGUAUGACGUUGGCGUAUUGUAUGGCUGUACGCUUUGCCAACAUCUUCAGCUUGUUCGGUUCUGCUUUUGCGGAUCCGGGCCACGAUAAGAAAUACAAGUCGGAGCCUCUGCCUGUGGAUGAUGGUCAACAGUAUCCUUUGGAAAGUCUUCCACAACAGUCAACUGCUGUCUAUAAUGGCCAGGCUGAUGUCAGGCAUCGACAGACGCAGUCGGGCCCUUCUACUGAGAUCGCUCCUCAGACUGCUAUCCAGUCUGCUGCAAAUUAA